AUGGCUCCACGAGUGAAGUCCUUGGCUGAUGAUCAUCUGAAGAGCAAGAAGUCUGUUUUCAAACAGAGAUUCCCCGGUUUCAAGAAGAAAGCGACAGAGCUCUCUGUUCUCUGCGGAAACUCCGUGCGAUUCAUCUGCUACGGUCCCGACGAAAAGGAUCUCCAUGUCUGGCCUGAGAACCCAAAAGCUAUGCAACAGAUCGUGGCCAGAUUCAAUGCGCAGAGCCAUCUAAAGAGGAAGAAGAACGGCUGCGAUCUCAAGCCCAAGAUUGGUCUUUCGUUUGUGUUUGAUAAGGUUAGGAUCGGAAUGGAUGAUGAUAGGAGAAGAGUUAGGUGUGACAGUUUUCUCCAUGUUUUUGCCCGUGAAGGAUGUUCUAUGGUGGAGAUGUCGUGUGCUGAACAUGAUUGGCACGCUGCUGGAUCGCAGUUCAUCACACAUACAGUGGGAAGGGUUCUAGAGAAGCUGAGCUUGGAAUCUACUCAUGUUGAUACAAAGGGUAACGAGACAUUGCUAAAACUGGUGGAGAAUACUUCUGGUGACAGCUUUGAUCUUUACUGUGGACUGUUUUUGUACAAUCCUAAUGCAAUGGAACAGCUUGAGAGGUUCGGUUGGCUUUCGAGUCUUUGA